AUGAUUGCGCCAGAGAAUGACGACUACGAAUAUGGCGUGGUGAUUGAUGCGGGAUCUUCUGGUUCCAGAAUACACGUCUACAGAUGGGUCAAUCCACUUUCCUCGACUAUAUCAGAAGACCAGUUACACUCUGUACCUGCUAUUGAGCAGUCGAAAGAUUGGACAUCGAAGACCAAUCCAGGAUUAUCAUCUUUUGAAGACAAACCGAACAAAGCAUUCUCACAUCACAUCAAACCAUUACUGAAGUUUGCACAAGAUAUUAUUCCCAAAAACAAAAUUGAGAACACACCAAUAUUUAUUCAAGCUACAGCGGGUAUGCGACUCUUGAAGGAAAAGAAACGCAAGCUUAUUUUGAAGAACUUAUGUGAUGGGAUCAAGAAAUCUACAAAAUUUUUUAUAAAUGAUUGUGAUUCUCAAAUAGAGGUGAUUGACGGGGAAACAGAGGGUCUUUACGGAUGGCUAAGCUUGAAUUAUUUGGCAGACCAUUUCAACAACUACCACAGAUCAAGCUCCAACCAUUUUACCUUUGGAUUCAUGGACAUGGGUGGUGCUUCAGCACAAAUUGCGUUUGUUCCAAGUAACGAAGAGGAGGUGGAGAAACACAGAGAGGAUAUAGCCACUGUGUAUCUAAAGAGUGUUAACGGUGAUGUUCAAGAAUGGGAUAUAUUUGUUAGCACCUGGCUUGGCUUUGGAGCUAAUCAAGCGAGGCAGAGGUAUUGGGCGCAGCUUGUUAACGCACUGCCAGAAAAUACGAACAGCUACGACGAUGAUGAUUUUUCUACCCGGAAACUUUAUGAUCCCUGUAUGCCCAAGGGUUCAAAGCACGAGUUUAAGUUUAAGAAGAUGAGUUUCACUGCAAUCGGUCUAGGUGAUUUUGAUCAAUGUACCAAAUCGAUUUACCCUUUGCUUCUAAAAAAUAUACCCUGUAAGGACAAACCGUGUCUCUUCAAUGGUGUCCACACUCCACGAAUUGACUUCUCCAAAGACAAAUUUGUUGGUGUCUCUGAGUAUUGGUACGUUCCUAAUGAUAUAUUCAAACUUGGAGGUGCAUAUGAUUUUGAGAAGUUCAGCGAAAACGUGAAGAACUUUUGUAACAGCGACUGGAAAGACCUCUUAGAAAACAAUAAAAAGGGUGCCUACAAUUCAAUUCCUGAUGACUUCCUCAUCGAUUCCUGCUUCAAGAGUAACUGGAUUUUGAAUGUAUUGCAUGAGGGAUUCGAAAUGCCCAAGUCAAUUGGCGAGGCAGUUCCAGAGGAAGAUCAUCCAACGUUUCAAAGUUUGGAUAGGAUCAACGAUACGGAGCUGUCAUGGACGCUAGGGAGAAUACUGCUAUAUGCUUCAGGACAAGUUGUACUUGGGGAUAAAAACGUUAGAGUUGGUGUUGUGCCGAGCAAAAUAGAAGCAAAAGAAUUUGGGAAAACCUUUAUAUCGGGAACUGUCGAUCCGUAUGGGUCAAGUAAUUCUGGCAUAUUCGGAUUAUCGUUCAAGUUGCUAAUACCGCUGUUCAUAAUUGGUACAGUGGUUUUCCACCUGUCAAAAUCGAACAAGUCUAAAUGGCGGAAUCUUCAUAUCUCCAGGUUUGCUGCAGCCAUAGAAUCAUUUAUCAGAUACGUCAAGAGGUGGAGAGAUUCGACAACAACAGUUUUUGAAAUGCUAUCGGAAGUCGAGGAAGGACGUUUCGAUAGACCGUCAUCCGAGGGUGGAAACUCUUUUAGACAACCUACGUCUUACCCUUCUAGGAGUAAAAGUAUGUUCGAUUUUAAUGGCCACCGGGAGGGACGACCUAGCACAGGAGAGAGCAGUGCCAAGAGAGCACAUUCAGAGAGGGCUGGAGCAACACGCCCUGUAAGGGGCAUUAAACCUGCAUUUUCUAUGGCCGACUUCAAUAAGCUACAGGACCGUGGUUCUCACAGUGGUCUUUAA